GGCGCGGUGGGACCUCAGCCAAUGGGAUUCGGACAUAUCCGGCUUCGCUGCAGAGGGAAGUUCACUGUUGUUACUUUACAAAGGAGAACGUUUUCUGAUAGUGAAUUUGAACACAACAUACAGUAAUAGAGCACAGAAGAACAGUGUGGGCUCCAAUGUUUGCUUCUCUUCGAAACACUACUGGGUGACCAGACCAGAGAAGAAGAUAAUGUCUCAUUAACAACUGCUAAGGUAGGGUUCGAUGAGAGACUAGGAAGAGAUGGAGAGAGAUGGGGUUUCGGUCUAAGACGGCCCAGCACUUCUCUCCUUGCUGCUGCCCCAGCCCCAAUAGAACCAUGUCCCAGGCCCAGACGGGAUCCAUGGCUGGCCUAAAGCCCCAGGAGGUAGCCUUCUGGCUAGGAAAGGCAGUGGAGUGGGGCCAGACUGAGAGCCCAGACACCCAGAGAGACACCUGCCUUCACCUGGGCCCUCUCAGGGCCUUCCUCCAGCUCCUCCUCACAGACAUACACAUGCGGAGCUCCACCACAGAGACCAUGAGGACUAUUCCCUUCAUAGGCCAGUUCCUCGGCCGCCUCUGCUGGAACCCCUAUGUCACUGUGGAUGCUGAGAGCCGAUCACUCCUGCUCCAGAGUCUGUGGAGUCUGUAUUCAGAGGAACCUCAUAACGCUGUUGAGAGGAAGGCCAACCAGUGGAUACGGAACGUGUUAUGUCAGCUUGCUACAGAAGAAGAGAACAGUGCAACACAUAUGUUAGUGAAACAUAUGGGCCUGCCACCAAAGGAAUACAAUGUAAAGGUUCUAAGAAAGAUGGUGUGGUUGCUAGUGGAGGAGGUUGGGGAGAGCUGCAGCAGUUUGGCUGACCCUAACCAGAGGUGUUCGUGUGACAGCGUUCUUGCUGCAUCAGUGGCAUGUGUCCCCCUGGUCACAUGUCCUGAGACUGCUCCUCUCAUUGGUGCGUUGCUGCAGCGGCCGGUGACCUGCGAUAAGGCAGCCCUCAGCCAGGACUUCCUGGAUGCUGUAAGCUCCGCCUACUCCAGAAAGUGUGUGUCUCUAGAGGCCCAGGCAGUGGUGUCUCUGUGGUGCCAUAACCUGGCCAGCCUAGAGGGGGCAGUGAUGUCUCUACUGGACUCUGUGCUCUCCAACCCAGCCUUCAUCCUGCACAACCUACAGAGCACCAUCACUCACUCACUACUGCCUAAAGCCUGCUCCCAGCACGGCUCCAUAUUCUUAAUAGUGAACGACAUCUUCAGGUCCAUGCUGGUGCAGGUGGAGGGAAACCAGACUCUGCUAUCUCUUAUCCACACCUUCACCAUCUGCUUCCUCAGGGAACUGGCAGCCCUGCAGCCUCAGGAGUGUGUGUCCUUGAAGGCCUUCUUCCCACACACACCCCAGAGCUUACUGGCCCCUCUGCUGACCCAUCCUUCAGAAAUGGCCCAGGAGGCGUGGCCAGAACACCUGGCCUGGAUCACUGCAUCACUACAGAGACUCACUGAGGAAGAGGAGGAAGAGGAAGGCAACAGGGGUCAGUGUGGAGUGUUUGAGGCCUGGUUCCUGCUGGUGCAGUGUGCUGACUGGUUGGAGGUAGCCAACCAACUACUGGUCUCAGCCAGACCUCAGGACUGUGGCCCCUUGCUGUGGCUCCUCACCUUCUAUCACCACCCGACCAACAGGGGGCACCACCGGACACAGCAGCUGGUGGCGGCCAGAGAAGUCUGGGAUCACCUGAGGUCACUCUUCCUGCUCUCGGCUCCUCCCCUUCCUGCUGACCGACUGCAGUCAUUGGCCGAGCUGAUGUCAGCCGUCCCCCAGCAGCCGUCCCUGGACUCGCUAUUGGUCGUCAGCCUCCUGGGCAACUUUGCAGUUUUCUCCCACAACCCCCUGAGUGGUGCCAGGGAGAUACUCCGCAUGGUGGUGCAGCGGUCAGGGCUGGUCCGUGAGGCAGUGUGUGUUCUCGACAUGGUUGAGCUCCGACUAAACAGAGAGAGAGCCUCCUCCAGCCUCACUGACAGAGUUACGCUCAGGACCAGGGCUCUUCGGGGCACACUCACACACAUGGCACAGCACGACACACACACACAUGGUACAACAUGACACAGACACACAGCCACUAUGGCAGCGAUGGGAUACACACACAGCCGUGCCAGGCUGUUCAACCAACCCGGUCGCUAUGACACUGACAGGAUACACACAAACAGAUGCUACAGAUACGACAGUGGGAGGACAUACAGUCACAACUAGACACACAGACGUAUCAGGACACACUCUUAGCCGUGCAAGAGCAACAAGUCAUAAAACGUGCCCUAACCUUUCCACUCAUAUUAUUGCCUCAGAACACAUUCCUCUCAUUACACACACAUGGGGAAACGUCCGUUGAUUUGAAGAAGGGAAAUGACAUGCAACAGCACCUGAUAUGGACACUGUCUUUCUCUACAGAAUGCCUCUACACCAACUAUACU